UACUUCUCACUAUCUACUUUUAGAUUAACGAGAAGCGAUCAUAAUGGUGAACAAUAUGGAUCACGGUUUGCCCAAGUUUUCUCUUCUAGGUUAUGAUGAUUGGAAGAUCAUGAUGGAAGCACAUCUCUACGCUCUACAUGAUUGCAUGUGGAUGGUGCUUGAGGAUGGACCCUUGAAAAUCCAAAUGGAGAACCCUGAGAGGAAUCCAGCUGCUCCAGAUGUAGUCCAGUACAUUCCAAAGCCCAAGGAAAAAUGGGAUGAUAGAGAUUGCAAAAAGCACAAUCUGGACAACGUCGCCAAAGCAGCCAUCUUCAAGACACUUGAUCCCAUCACCUUCUCCAAGAUUAAGCAUCUCAAGACUGCCAUGGAGAUUUGGCAAGGUCUUGGGAAGCUAUGUGAGGGAUCAGAGGACCUGAGAAAGCAGAAGAUAGAAGUCCUGCUUGAGAAGUUCAAAAGCUUCAAAAUGCUUCCCAGAGAAUCAUUUGAUAUGUUGGAUGAAAGAUUCCACAAGAUAUUGAAUGAUCUUGCUUCACUUAACCACAUUCUUUCUCCCAAAGAAAAGAAUGUAAGGUUGCUGAGAUCACUCCCAACUGAGUGGUACACCAAAGCCACAGCCAUGGAAGAAGGAAGAAACCUGGAGAACUACACUGUUCAAGGGACAUGCACAAGAAACUGUGACACACCUUCCUCCAGCCAGCCGUCAAGCUCAAAAAUGGAGAACUACGAUGAGGAAUUUGCCAUGAUGGUCAAACAAUUCCGAAAGUUCAAGAAGUUCUUCAAGAAGGCUGAUUCAAUCAGAAGGCCAUCCAAGGGAAAGCCACAGGUAAGUGACUCCCCUCCUGAAUCUUAUUUAUGCUAUAACUGCAGGAAGCCUGGCCACUGGAAGUCAGCAUGCCCGUACCCAAAGGUGGAGAAGUACGGAGAAAGAGAAAGGAACGAGAAGAAAAAGAAAGCAAUGGUUGCUGCUGAAAGUGACGAGUCAUUCAGCUCAAGCUCGGAUGAAGAAGCCCUCGUCUGCAUGGAGCGCAGUGUUGAGAAGUCCAACCAUGAGUAUAGGUGGACUAUGUCAGAAGAUGACACUCUCUGCCUAAUGGCCAAAGAUGAUGCUGAUCAAGAGGUAACCUCACAAACCUCAUGCUCAUCUUCUUAUAGCAUACCAACUUCUGAAAAUCUUUUUGACCAGUUCAAAAAGAUGAUGGAAGAUUUUGAGGAGAUAAAUCUCAAACACUCAUCCUUAACAGAAGAGAACAAACUACUGAGUGAAGAGAAUCUCAAGUUGAUUGAAAGUCGGAAAAGUCAACUGAAUGAGAUCACUCAACUCAGGACUGAAAAUGAAUCUCUCUCUGAAAAGGUAAAAUCCCUUAACAAAGAGCUAGGGAUACUUAAGUCCAAAGAAGCAGUGAACAAGCUUCUUGAAACGACCAAACAUAAGGGUCGCGAAGGACUUGGGUUUGACCCCUCUAGUUCCAAAAGGAAAGGGAAAACAACUUUCAUCCCUCCUAAACCUACUGCCAAACCAAAUAAGCAGAAAGGGAAGGAAAAGGAGAAACCAACAGAAGUUCCCAAAAAGGAAGCCGCUAAGUACCCAGGUGUCUGGUACUUAGACAGUGGCUGUUCAAGACACAUGACGGGUGAUGCGAGCCUUUUGAGCAAUAUAAUUCCCUAUGAUGGUCCAAGAAUUACUUUUGGAGGAAGCAACGAUUUUGGCCUUACUAAAGGACUAGGAAAUCUUGUGUACAAGGGACUAACCAUCCAAGCUGUAUCUUAUGUUGAAGGACUCAAUUACAACCUUCUUAGCAUAAGUCAGUUUUGUGAUAAAGGUUACUCCUUGGAAUUCUGCAAGGACAUGGCAUCUCUCAAGAACAUCUCCACAAAUGAAAUCAUUCUCACUAGGAAGAGAAUCAGAAACAUCUAUGAAGUGAUAUGGAACGAUGUCAAGGAAGCAUGUCUAAUCAGCAAAGAUCUUCUCACUCAAAUUUCUGAGAAAAUGAAGAUUGUUGGCGCUAAUAUCCAUUUCCAGAAGUUGGAAGCCAAGUGCUCCUCACCAAUGUUCUAUCAAUCCUAUCUGGAGAUGAUUGCUGCUCAAGAGCUCUCUGAAUUCCUUCAUAUGGAGAUUCGAUUCAAGUAUGAGAACGAAGUUCUUGAAUUCUACAAGAAUGGAAAGGUCAAGACUGUCAAAUCGAAGAAGGACCCACAAAGGACGAUUCAAGUCAUCAAAUCCACUAUUGAAGGGACAAAAGUGAAGCUUUCCCAAAAGAAAUUGGGAGAAAACCUUAACCUUCCCAAUUCUGGAGUUGAAAUUGGGAGACUUCCAGCCAAGAAUCUGGAUUGGAACGUUAUUGGAAUUUCUAGGCAAGCUCCCUCUGGCCCAGCGAAGAAAACUAAUCUGAACAACGACUACAAGCUAGUCCUUGAACUGGUCAUCGCAUGUCUCGAAUGUGGAAGUGGAGGACAUGCUCAUGACAUCACCCAAGAGAGGGCCUUCAUCAUCAAUGCCCUCAUUACCAAGUCUAAGGUAAAUUGGGCUGCUCAUUUCUUCAAUUCCAUCUCAAAGCAUCUGGGAAAACCCAACCAGAAAUACCUCUGUCAAGGUCUGUACAUUGGACAUAUCCUGGAGUCCUUGGGUGCUGCUUCUGAAGGAAAGAAGUAUGAAGCCAGAUAUUGGCUAUACUAUCUGUCUUCCAAAGGGGAAAACAGAGCUGGUGCUAGCACAACUGCAGAGGAAAGCUCUUCAGACAAUGUCCUUAUCAUGAGUCUGAACAAGUCAGUAAAGAGGAAGCAAGUGGUGUCUCCCUCUCCCAGUGUUGAAGCACCACAGAGUCUUGCUCCGAUCAAUCUUGAAGAAGAAGAAGAAUUCUCUGACCAAGAAGAGCUACAAAGGAAAAAGAAGAGGAAAAUCACCUCUCCCUCAACAUCUGGAUAUGUCAAUCCAGAUGAGUUGAAGGAGAAGGAAACAACUGAGGAAACCUCAGCCCACAACCGGACAGAACAGUUGCUGAGUUGGGACCAGCAACUGAAGAAUGAGAAGAUCAUCAAAAAAUGCUUAGGUCUGCCAGUCAACUAUUGCUGUGAGCAAAUCCUGGAUGUUGACUGGGUAUGGAAAAGGAACUAUGAAGAUUUGCAUCUGGAACACUUGGUCACCUCACCAAUUUCAGAAUUUGAAGUGGAUGAUGAGGAUCCUGCAGUCCACAAACCAGUCCUCUCAAAAACCACAGAAAAUCAGGUGGUUCUCACUUCUGAAGCACAAGCUCACUUGGAAACAACAGCUGAGGAUUUCCAAAUAUUUCCGGAAACCUCAUCUGUCUUUGAAAUUGUUCUACGUGAAGCUACAGUCUCUACUCCACAAAAACAGAACCAGGAAGGAUCAAAUGAAGAACUCCAGCAACAUCUCCAUUCUGAAGCUUUAGAGAUUCUCACAAAUCCUUGUGAGAUCACCAAUCCUACUGAAACUGAGAUCCCAGAGAAGUUAGCAGAAAAUUUGGAGAUUUUCAAAACUCCAGAAACAAAUGAAGCUCAAGAAGAGCAAGCUGUAGAAGCCCAGAGAAGUUCUGCAGAAGCUGAGAAGGAAACUCAAAUGGCAGAACUGGAGGUCUCCAAAUCUCCAGUAGCCAUUUUUGAAGAACAGAAUGAAGCUGAAGAAAGAGACUCCCUCUCUAGAGAUAUAUCAAAUUUUACACUUGGGGAAGCAGAAGAAGAAUCUGAAAGGACUCUGAAGAUCAAUGAUGAAGAAGAUGUACAAGAUGAUGCUGAAUCUCUUCCUAUGCAACUCUUCCAAAGAACACCCUCUUCUCAUCAGGUAACCAACUUCCAUUUCCAUAGCUCUUCCACUCCUACUCUUCCGGAUGAUGAGGUACCGGAAAUCUGGACAAAGAAGGUCCAAGGGCUGAUUGAAUCAGCCCUAGGAUCUCAACAUGCCUCCUUUAGGCAAGAGAUAGAGCAGAUGGAAGCCAGGCACAACAAACUGAUUGAGAAAUCCGAAGAGACACACUGCUCCAAUCUCAAGGAGAUAAGCAAAUCAGUGGAUAAAACUCUAGAGAUCUUAUCUCUAUUGAGUAACACUAAGGAAGCACACAAACUAUUCAGACUUCUUAGCACAAAUUCUGGAAAUCGCAAGAUGGAAGUGGUUCUUCAACAACACAGUCCAUCCUUGAUUCUAGAGCUCCCCAUUGCAGUCAAAGAAGGAGAAGUCUCUUACAUUCCUACGCAUCUAAACUUGACUGAUCUAGUCCUUGAAGCUCAGAGAAGCAAUCCGGAAAACUCAACACAGCCCUUAUCCAGCUCAGGAUUGAAUGGAACAGAGGCUAUAGGAACAAUUGCUGCUCACUUCUCAAAUGAAAAUCAAACAGAGGAGAGACGCAACAACAUAAGGCGCAUCAAAGAACUAUGUGGAAACAUGCAAGGCAUCAGGGAGAUUGCCGAAUCGUCAAAGCGCAAGAAGCACUAAAGGCUUUUUUCAUCAAACCAGGGGGAAAAGUAUGUGAAAACAUUAAUUUGCUUUGAUGAAAACACCUUCUUGUUUAAACAUUGCUUUAUUGGUUUAAACACACCUUCUUGUUUAAACAUUGCUUUAUUGGUUUAAACAUUGCCUUAAUAUUUCUCUUAAUUGUGCUUACUAUGCUUGAUUAUACCUAAUUCAAGUAUGAUUUUGAGAUUUAUUCCUAGCGCAUACAUUCAGGGGGAACUUAACUAGUUUU